AUGGGGGGAAAGGACGAAGAAGUGCUGCCGGACGCUCCGCCGUCAGACGAUAUCCCAAAGACCGAAGAUGAAGAUGCCGACUCGCCCAUGGAUGCAAAGAAGGAAGACAAAGACGACAGCCCGAAGGAGGAGGGAGAUAUAGAGGUGAAAAAGAGGGUCAAACUAGAAGACAUGUUUGAUGAUGACGAGGACGAGGAUGAAGAGUUUCCAGACUCAGAUGCAGUACAAAUACCAGACAAACCUGCGCCUCCACCAGCGCAAGUUGACCCAGAGUCGAUAUCCGCCUUUUAUCAGCGACUUUUCCCAUUCAAAUAUCUCUUCCAAUGGCUUAAUCACGGAGUGAAGCCCUCGACAGACUUUGGCAAUCGAGAGUUUGCCUUUACACUUCCAAAUGAUGCCUAUCUACGAUACCAAUCUUUUCAGACCGCGGAUGCCCUUCAUAAAGACGUUAUGCGAUUAAACCCUUCCCGUUUUGAAAUCGGUCCUGUUUAUAGCACAAAUCCACGAGACCGCAAAACCCUACGAAAACCAGGCGCCUUCAAACCCAUUAUGAAAGAGCUUGUCUUUGAUAUUGAUUUGACAGAUUACGACGACAUCAGAACAUGCUGUAGUAAAGCUAACAUAUGCCUCAAAUGCUGGGCUUUUGUCACAAUGUCCAUCAAAGUGAUCGAUACAGCUCUACGGGAGGACUUUGGAUUCCAACACAUACUGUGGGUAUACUCUGGUCGAAGAGGAGCCCACGCAUGGGUCUGUGAUAAAAAGGCACGAAACCUUCCAGAUGAUAGGCGGAGAGCCAUCGCCGGAUACCUGGAAGUUGUUCGUGGAGGCAGUCAGAGUGGAAAACGAGUCAACUUGAAACGGCCGCUACACCCGCACAUCACACGAAGCAUUGACACUCUACGGGAAUAUUUUGCAUCUACUGUCCUCGUAGACCAGGACCCAUUCAGCAAACCAGACCAAGCCGCCCGACUGCUCGAAUUACUUCCUGACAAAACCCUAAGGGCAGCAUUACAAAAGAAAUGGGAAUCUGCACCUGGACGGUCAAGCAGCAGCAAAUGGGCUGAUAUUGAUGCUGUUGCAAAAACAAGCUCCCGAGGGCUCGAUACAAAGGCGCUACUAGAAGCGAAGCAAGACAUUGUUCUAGAAUAUACGUACCCCCGACUAGAUGCUGAGGUCAGUAAGAAACUGAUCCAUUUGCUGAAGAGUCCGUUCGUUGUCCAUCCAGGGACCGGGAGGGUGUGUGUACCAAUUGAUGUCGAAAAGGUGGAUGAUUUCGACCCUCUAGAAACCCCCACUCUAUUCCAGUUAUUAGAUGAGAUAAAUUCUUGGAACCCGUCUCAGAACAACCAGCAGGAUCACAUGCCUACAUCUGAUAGUGGGAGCGGCCAGGAUGAGGGCGACACUGCUCCGAAGCCGAAGAAAAUACAGGACUAUGAGAAAACCAGCCUGAAGCCAUAUAUUGAUUAUUUUCGCUCAUUCGUUGCAAAGCUGAACAGCGACGAACGGCCAGUUAAGAGAGAGCGAACAGAUGAUGACACAAAUGCCAUGGAGUUUUAG